AUGCAGGAAUAAGAAAUUGAUCUUACAAAAAUCAAUCAGGGAAAUGUGGAUAGGAUUAUCCAGAAGAUAGAAACCAGCAUUUAAUAGCGAGUGGAAAAGUAUGGCGAUGAUGAUCAAUAAGUAUAUAAUUUGCAUCUGAAACUUCUCUAGAAAAUGAAAUACGACAGAAUUCUAUGUAAAUUGCUUAAUUAACAGGCACUGAUUGCACUCCAAGUGGAAAAUUUUGAGGCUAGUUUAAAGUACCUCAAGAAGGCUGAACUUCUAACAUCUUCGGUUCUAGAGCUUAAAGCACAAACCUACAGUAAUCUAGCCUGUUAUUAUCGAAAAAUUGGAAAGACAAGAACAGCCUUAUCAUAUCUUUAGUAGGCUUUAGCCAUAGAAUUAAAAAACGAUAAAUCCGCGUAACUACCUGAACUCUAUCUGAAUUUAUGUGCAGUUUUUUCAUCUUUAGAAAGACAUGAAGAGGCUACUUAAAAUAUCUAUUUAUCUAUCAUUAUGUUGUAGCAUGAGCUGCUCCUAUAAUUCUUGAAGUCCAACUCACAAAUAGAUGGGGACUUAAUGAAACAUCAAAAUUCUAUUGACUUAUCAUUACAUUAGAUCAGUACUUAAUAAAAAACUAGAUAAACUGAAUAGAAUUCUCUUAAUAAGGAUUAAUAAGAGAGGAUGCAAAUUUUAAUUGUGGCUUAUCAUAAUUUAGGUGUCGAAAUGGAACACUUGAAGUAGAAUGUGGAAUCCAAGAAGAUAUUAAAAUCCGCUUAUUAAUUAUCACAAUUCAGUCUGGCACAAAAUCAUCCACUCAGAUAGACUUUGGGAUCCAUUGUUAAAAAACAUUAAAGAGAAGAUUCCAAAGACAAUUUUCAACCUGUGGUCUUAAAACCAAUCUUGCCAAAAGUGAGUCUAAGGAUAUAAGAUCCCAGGUAAGUUUAAAAAAGUGGUUCUCCUCAUUUUAAAUCAAAUAGCAAGCAUUUCUCUUUGCCAAAAAAUAAAAGCAACAAAGGAUCAAAAGAAGAUAGAAACUCUUCAAGCUUAACCUCUAGAAUAGAAGGAUCUAAAUUUGUAAGGAUCAGCGAUUUAAAUCAAGAGCCUAUGGUUUAUUUCGACAACAAAGAAGUCAAUAACCUUAAAGAAUUGUAGAUAUCUUUGGAUAUGAUUAAUUAAACUACAAUGAUGUGA